UGUUUUCCUAUCUCAUUUUGAGGGCAUAUAUUUUAUAAAUUCUCUGCAGUGUGUAUGCCAAGAAUCUAAUUUUCAGAGGAUUUUUUUUUGGAAUGAAAUCAUAUUAAGCAACAGGUAUUUUCACUGCAAGGCAAAAAAGUACAAUAAGGAGGGAGGCAAGCGAAAGCACUUCCUGGUAUUGCCUAAUUAUAAUAGACUGGCCCGCCCUGGAAGCAAGACUAGGUCUCUCAACAGGCAGAACCAGAUUCUCCAACCGUAAAGUAACCAAUUUGCUCUUCUACUGUAGUAUACCGUCACCAGUCAAUAUACUCUCACACUCCACAGCUUUCCAAGAUGUAUUUUCCAAGUGAUUAAGGUCUAGGAGGAUUAAGCAAAGCAGAAACUGUUUUAAAGGAGCUCAUACUCCAGUGUUAUUAUUUAUGAGCACAAGGAUAUUGUGAAUUACUUUGAACACCAGAUCCUAAAGCAGACGCACAAGAGACUUCCAAACCCUUGGGAUUUUUUUAAAAAGGUUUAUACCACUAUCUGGGCUAAUACUACACAACCAUAACAAUUUCAGCAGAAAAUGAAAGACCGUCUUCAAGAACUUAAACUAAAAGCAAAGCAACUUCAACUCCUAGAAGAAAGUAGCACUUCUCCUGGUAUUGUGGCUGAAGAAGGAGAGCUUGAACAAACAGCUGUCAUUUUUGAGAAGGAGCCAGUAACAGAAAGGUAUCUGAGUGAAAUCCAACAACUUCACAGUGAUAUUAACAACUUGGCCACAGAUGUUCAAAAAUUCAGUCAGCAGCAAAAGAGCCUGGUGGCUUCCAUGAGAAGAUUCAGUGUGCUUAAAAAAGAAUGCAGUGCCACGAGAGAAAUAAAAACUCAAGCAGAACACAUUAGUACAUGCUUGGACAACUUGUCAAAAACAGUGAAGAAGACAGAAAAAGAAUACGGCUCAUCAUCGGCUGUUGGAAGGGUUCUUAGCUCUCAGCGGGCAGUCUUGUUCCGUCGCUUCCAGAACAUAAUGUUUCUGUACAAUGAUGCCAUAACAGCCAAGCAAGAAAAAUGCACGGGUUUUAUUGUGCGUCAGCUUGAAGUAGCAGGAAAACAAGUGUCAGAAGAUGAAUUGAAUGAGAUGGUUCAACAAGGGAAAUGGGAAAUCUUCAACGAAAACCUGCUCACUGAGGUCAAGAUCACUAAAUCCCAGCUGACUGAGAUUGAACAAAGACAUAGAGAACUGGUCAAUCUGGAGAAUCAGGUAAAAGACUUAAAGGGCCUCUUCAUCCAAAUCUCACUUUUGGUAGAAGAGCAAGGUGAAAUGAUCAACAGCAUUGAAAUGGAAGUGACACAUACCGAGGACUAUGUUCAGGCUUCCAGAGAAAAGUUCCAGCUGGCAGCAAAGUAUCGAAAGAAAAAUCCUUGCAGAGCAUUAUGUUGUUGCUGCUGCCCCUGCAGAUAAUGAAGAGGAUUCUGGGCAGUUCAAUCUUUGUUGCAAUAACCUUGACUAGGCAUGUGAUGGACAGACUAGGGCUUGAUGAAGGGCAAAUUGCUGGCCUACAAGCCAAUGACACAUUUUGUUAUAUUAUUAAACUUUAUUUUCUCAAGUGAGAAAGUAGCAAUAAUAUGACUUACAAAUUUAUCCACCAGUUUGGAUAAAGGGAAAUGUAAACUUACUGCAAAAUCAGAAAAAGGUCUUAUCUCGAAGGUUCUCAUCAAAUUCAAUAAUUAUAUACAUUGUGUUUGUGAACAAUAUGUGACUAGUAUUUUUGCCAUAAGACUGUUUCAAGAUUUUCCCUUACAAAUUCCACAGUGAAAUUACAGGCAGUCCCAGAGUUACAAACAAAAGACUCAUAGUUAAGAACAGGACUGAGACAACAAGUGAGAGAAAUCUAUCCCUUGAAAGGGACAUUCACUCCUGAAAGAGUUAUCAUGGGAAAAAAGAUGUCUCAACUAAAGCUUUAUCAGCAAUUCUUGUUUCCACAACAAGCCAUUUUUUUUUCAAAAUUCAAUAAUUUCAGGGACAGAAAGUGAGGGAAAAUGUUCUAAACGGGGGCACAGACAGCAAAAUGAACACCAUAGGAGUGUUAACACUUCGGUAUGCUAUCCAAUGCUUAUAUGGCUGGAGUUACACUUUGAAAUGUUUGUAGGAGAAAAGCAGACAAAACACUGUUACAACAUAUAAUAGUCAUACAUUUUUCAAGAGCACAGUGAAGGCUAACAAUGUUUAAAUACUGUAAAUUUGACAGUGCUUUACAAAAGACAAAGUAGCAAUUCUCAGGAUAUUUUGGGAAAAAUGUAUCUGUAACUGAAAUUUUUGUUUACACUUGGAAAAUGUAUAUAGUCCUUUAAAAAGAAACCAUUUAAAAUAAAUAAUACGAUUCACUGAUGUCUGCAAA